GGCGGAUGAGCAGAGUGGGCGGGGCCCGGGCUUGCCCCACCCAGGGUGCCUGGCACUGAGGUUUAGCAGGCGGCCCAGCCUAGGACGAGGAUGGCGGUCUCUGCGCUCCAGCUGUGGCGUGCCGGCGGGCUGCCAUUCCUAAAGCUACGAAGAAACUUCCCAACUUGCUUGUCUUCUUGGAAGAUUCCUCGUGUCCUCAAAUCCUCACAGCCAGAAGCUCAACUCAGUCUAACAAACAAUGCGCUGCCCUUUGCACCUCUGCAGACAUUUUCUGAUGAGGAAAUGAUGAUGAAGAAAAUAGUUAAAAAAUUUGCACAGGAACAAAUUGCUCCUCUGGUUUCAACUAUGGAUGAAAAUUCAAAAAUGGAGAAAUCAGUGAUACAAGGAUUAUUUCAACAAGGGCUGAUGGGCAUUGGAAUUGAUGCCGAACAUGGAGGAACAGGCGCUUCCUUUUUCUGCUCCAUCAUAGUGAUAGAAGAGCUAGCCAAGGUGGAUGCAUCUGUGGCUCUCCUGUGUGACAUCCAGAACACAAUAGUUAACAACCUGUUUAAAAAACUCGGUACAGAAGAACAGAAGGCUACCUAUUUGCCUAAACUGGCUACAGAAAAAUUAGGGAGCUUCUGCCUUUCUGAAGCUGGAGCUGGUAGUGACUCUUUUGCUUUGAAAACAAGAGCUGAUAAAAAUGGAAAUUACUAUAUCAUCAAUGGGUCCAAGAUGUGGAUCAGCAAUGCUGAACACGCAGACAUCUUCCUGGUUUUUGCAAAUGUGGACCCCACCUCGGGAUACAGAGGCAUCACCUGCUUCUUAGUAGAUCGAGACACAGACGGUUUUCAUAUAGGCAAGAGGGAAAACAAGAUGGGGAUCAGAGCUUCCUCCACGUGCCAGUUAACGUUUGAAAAUGUCAAGGUUCCGGAAUCCAGUGUUUUGGGAAAAGUUGGACAUGGUUAUAAGUAUGCCAUAGGAAGUCUUAAUGAAGGUAGAAUAGGAAUUGCUGCACAGAUGCUAGGACUGGCCCAAGGAUGUUUUGACUACACCAUUCCAUACAUUAAAGAAAGGAUACAGUUUGGCAAACGAGUAUUUGAUUUUCAGGGGCUCCAACACCAAGUGGCCCAGGUGGCCACCCAGCUGGAAGCCGCGCGGUUACUAACGUACAACGCUGCUAGGCUCCUAGAAGCCGGAAAGCCAUUUAUUAAAGAAGCAUCUAUGGCCAAGUAUUAUACAUCAGAGGUGGCCGGAAUAACAACCAGUAAGUGCAUUGAGUGGAUGGGAGGAGUCGGCUACACCAAAGAUUACCCUGUGGAGAAAUUCUUCCGAGACGCCAAGAUCGGUACAAUAUACGAAGGAACAUCCAACAUCCAGCUGAACACCAUUGCAAAGCACAUUGAUGCAGAAUACUGAUGCCUGUGGGAUCAGGGCCCUCUCUGGUGUCACUGGCGUACCAUUUCCAACUGUUGUGCCUUAUUACGUGGAGCCUAUAGAGCAUUGCAGGGUUCUAUUGGAAGGCCCUUGUCCUGUUCUCAGACCUGGCUUUUGUUCCUCUUUCUUUCCAGUUUACUCUAAAACGAGUUUUAAGCUUCUGUACACAUUUAUAUUUCUCAUCCUAGUUUUUGAGUAUACCCAAGUUUCACUGUACCAACAUCUGGGAAGGUGAAAAUUUUUGAAGUAUUGGUAUUGCUGACAGAAAUAGUCACUUUAUAUUCCUACUAAAUCUUUGUACUGUGGUAUGAGCCAGAGGAACAUUUGUUACAGUAGGCAAUUUUUAUUCAAUACUUUAUAAAUUCAGUGGUAAGUUGCUAAACAGGGUAGAAACCGAUAAAAUUUAUUUGGAAAAUCGAGAACUCCUAGUUCUAAUAUCAAAGAAAUAGUAGAAAAUAAAGAUGUAACUUGUAGGUCAUAUAACUGACAACAACAAAAGCCCAAAAUAUUAUUUUAACCAACAAAUGCAGCAUGUUUGGCUGCUGUAAUUGACCUGUAUGAAAGCUGUGUUACAUGAUGGCUUCAGCAGGACAUUUAAAAACAUGGCCCUGUGUUAGUUUUCAACUAUAAAGUUUAAAUAAAGCCAGGCGGUAGUGGUGCAUGCCUUUAAUCCCAGCACUCAGGAGGCAGAUCCUGUCAGAUCUCUGUGAGUUCGAGGCCAGACUGGUCUGCAGAGAGAGAUCCAGAACAGGCACCAAAACUACACAGAGAAACCCUGUCUCAAAAAACAAACAAACAAACAAAAAGUUUAAAUAAUUUGGCUUAAUCGUCUGAAAACAUUCAGGUAUAAUAUUCAUUAGAUCAUGCACUAUUUUUCAGUAGUAUGAUUUAUUUCUGUGUCUUAAUUAUUUUUCCCCUCAAACUUGGUUAUUGGACUUUAUCCUAAAUAGUAAUUAAUUGAGAAAUUCAAUUUUGGUUUUAGUGAUUCUCAAGAGAAAUAUUUUACCCCCAUAAGGAAAUAAUAUCACAAUCUCAUAAGGAAUGGAGAGCAGGAGGAGACUAGAUAGUCUGAAAAGACACAUUCAGUAUAAGUAUAUGUAGUCAUUUAUAUAGUAUAUUAAGUAAUUUUAUAUUUAUGAAGACAAAGGUCUUUAUUUUACAAUGCAAAUGACAACCAGGCAAAGCCUAAUCAGAUAUCCAGCUGGUGAAGCCAUUGAUCAGUGUUAGGAACUUUUAGUCCCGAGACCCUCUAGCUGUAGAUCCUCAGUCUUUGGAGAGAGAAGCAGACACUAGACAAGUGAGUUUCACAUUUCCUGAGGAAUCACAAGUUAGAUGUGGAAAAUGCUCCAAGGCUCAUGCAGUUGCUAAAAAUAACCAUUACUGCUAAACAGAAAGUAUUUUAGUGCUUUUGCAGAAGGAUAAUGUUUAUUAAGAAAAUGACAUUUUCUAAGUAAUUUUGCUUUGCACAGUCAUGUUUAUUGAGCUAAAUUAAUUUCCACAAUGCAAAUCAUAGUUAAAUAUGCAAGGUUGUGUAAAUACAGUUGAGAUAGGAAUUCCAUUAAAACAGUAAGAAGAAACAGGACAAAUUUAGACCUUGAAUCCAAAGAGAUAAAGUCUACUUGACUUUCAAAUGGGAAAAGAUGAAAGCCCCUUAUCCAGUCUUUCCGAACAGAAAGAUGGAUAGGUCUGAUAAGAAAAGCAAGGGAUGGAUACAGUGCCCUAAUGGGGCUCACACCUCUUUAAUUUCUGUGCUUGUGUGAAAGAGGUAGACUUGCAGAUAAUACAGUAGGAGUCAAUAUGAGCAAACAGAGUUCUACCUUCUCCAGAAUGAGAAACACAUGGAAGUGUGAUAAAUACCAUGUUCUAACUCACAGCACCAGAAACACUCAAUUACAUAUCUGGACUUUAAAUGUGUUCAAAGAGAACUAAUUUUGUAUAUAUAUUUUGUGCAUGUUCACAAAGAAGAGUUAAUAUGCAUUAGUAAUUAGCAUAAUUAAUAUACAAACUUGCCUUCUUCUGUUAGUGAGUUCUUGUAUUGUUUCACCGGAGAGGAUGUUUGGGGUCUACUCAUAUUUCUUCCGUUCUGGUUUUUCUUCUGAUUUCUGUGACUUUGUAACCUGUCAUGAAACUAUGUACUUUGAGUUUGUAUCUUGUAGGGAACCUAAAGCUGUUUGUGAAUUUGAGGACUGAGAUGACAUGGAGCACAGGCGAUAAAGAACUGACCUGGGCUUUACAGGUGGAACUGGUUGCCGAGUUUGCCUUGUUAGAGGUUUCACUUUAUCACAUGAGACUCAGCUAAGGGAUCAGUGCCAAGAACUUGAUGAUUGUGGAAGUUUAAGCCUAGAAAGACUCUAGACAACCAUAAAGUUAGCUCUGUCAAUUUAGAAGCGAAGAACUCUUAAUCAAGGUUGCUUUCUCAGAUAAUCCAUCCACGGACAAAGACAAGAAUUCAGAUAGACUGACUCAAAUUUAGUGUUCUUCCCAUUACCAAACACAGUCAUUGCUCAACAGAUCUUGGAUUUUGUCCUUGUUUUAUUUUGUUGUUGAUUUAUUUCAAGUUUAACUGAUAAAGAAUGAACAUGUCAGUAGUGUUGUGAUUGAUCAGUCACUUGCCAAAGGCUCUCUUGAUCUGUAGCAAUGAUGUCCGAUCUGAAGAUGGCUGUGUGAAAUCCUUUGGCAUCACUGUUAUACUGGCUUUUAAAGAAAUACCCUGCAAAGUAUUUGUGCUGACCUGUCAUAAAGUAAAAGUUCCAUUUUAACAGUA